CAACAAUUGGUAUCAGAGCAAGGGCUCUAAUUUGAAGGUUUAACCACCUAGGAGUUGAUCGGGAAUGGCUCAAUUUCUAUCUUCUCAACCACUUGAAGGUUUGUUUACCACUAAGCCUCCUUUCUUUGAUGGUACUAAUUAUAAUUAUUGGAAGAAUAGGAUGAAGGUCUUCAUGCUUGCAAAUGUGCCCAAGGCAUGGGUUGUGACUAUGAAAGGUCCAUAUGUACCGAUGAAAAUUGUUGGAGAAAGAGAGGUGCCGAAGGAAGAGAUUGAUUGGAAUGAUGAAGACUUGGAGAAGAUCAUGAUCAACAACAAAGCAAUUAAAGUGGUGAGAAAGGUUCUUAGAAGCUUGCCUAAGAGUUGGGAAGCCAAGAAGACGGCAAUUGAAGAAUCUAAGGAUCUCAACACUCUCAAGCUUGAAGAUCUCAUUGGUAAAUUGAUGACAUAUGAGACAGAAGUUCAAGGUGAUGGUGGAGUUGAAAUAGUUGAGAAGAAGAAGAAAGAUGUUGCAUUCAAGGUUAGCAACCAAAAGGAAAAGAGUGAAGAUGAUGCUAGUGAUGGUGAAAACUUCUCCUACUUAAUCUCUAGAGAAGUAAGGAGAUUUAUGAAGAAGAACAUCAAGAGCAAGCUUGCAAGAAGAGAUGAAGGAGAAUCCACCAAAAAGAGUGUGAAAUGCUAUGAGUGCAACAAGAUGGGGCACUAUAGAAAUAAAUGCCCCAAAUUGAAAAAAGGUGAGAAGAAAGACAAGAAGAGCAUGAAGAAGAAAGCAUUUGCCGCCACUUGGAGCAAUGAUGAGACUAGCUCAACGGAAAGUGAAAGCUCCUUGGAGAAAGGUGUUGCAAAUCUUUGCUUUAUGGCUCAAGAGGAUAGCAACAAUGAUGAGGAGGUAAACUCUAACUUUUCUAGUUCAAUUAAUGAAAGUUCCUUUGAGUAUUCUUAUGAUGAUUUAUACAAAGUUCUUGAUUGCUAUAUGAAUGAUAUUAAGAGACUAGGGAAUGAGAAUCUUACUCUUACUAAAACUAUUUCAUUACUUAAAAAUGAGAUUGAAUCUCUUUCAAAACAAAAUGAAGUUUUAGUUAAAGAAAAUGCUUCUUUAAAUGGUGAGAUUGCUUCUUUAAAGAAUGAGGAAGUUAAUGAUGCUUUGGAAAAGGAAAAUGAGGAUUUAAAGAAGGAAAAUGAGAAUUUAAGGAAGGAAAAUGAGGAUGUGUGCCUUGUGAGCAAAAUGAAGAGCAAAUGGUAUCUAGAUAGUGGAUGCUCAAGGCACAUGACGGGUGAUCCUUCACAAUUCUCCUCACUCAUGCCCUUGGAUGGUUGAACCAUGACCUUUGGUGACAAUGGGAAAGGAAUUGUGAAAGGAAUUGGUAAAAUUGGUAACAAAUCUAUUUCUUUUGAUGAUGUUUGGUAUGUGGAUGGAUUGAAGCAUAACUUGCUUAGUAUUAGUCAAUUAUGUGGUCGCAUGCUUAAUGUUGUAUUUUUCAAGUCUCAUUGCAAGAUUAUUGGUUCUAGAAAUGAUCAAGUGUUGUUUGUUGGCAAGAGACUUAAAAAUGUGUAUGUGAUUGAUUUGCAUGACAUUGAUGCUAAUAUUUGUCUUGCUUCUAUAUCUCAUGAUGAUACUUGGUUGUGGCAUAGAAGAUUAGGACGUGCUAGCAUGAGUGUUAUCUCUAAGUUGUUAAAGCAUGAUCUUGUUGAUGGCUUGCCUAAGGUGAAUGUAAAUAUUGAUAAUGUGUGUGAUGCAUGCAUGAAGGGUAAGCAAAUUAGAGUUUCCUUUAAGACUAAGAAGUGCAUCUCUACAAAUAGACCUCUUGAUGGGAAUCAAGAUGA